CAAUAUCCUUACUUAGGUGGCGGUUGUGACCUUGACUCCCUUAUCCUCCUGUCCCCUUCUUCCGCUCCGCUCGUUACGGCUAAAGGCUGGAGUAAGCUCAGGGGGAUCUUUUGUAUUAGCUCGGGAUAGUGCAUCAUCAUCACCAUCAUCAGCAUCACCAGCACAGAUAACUUUGACCUCUUUAGCUCUUGUCCCAUCUUUCCCCAUCUUCGUUACGGCCCUGAGCGGCAGUAACAAGAAGGGGUUAUCUGUUAGUAUCUCCAGGCAGUGCAGCAUCACCAGCAUCACCAGCAUCACGUCAUCACCCACGUCAUCCCAGGAGCAGCUCACCAGCGCCCACCAGCCACCAGCCUCCCGAGCCCCGCCGUCUCAGUCGUGGCUCGGAGCUCGCGUGGUCUGGUCGCCUCAGUGGGUCAUCUCGCUCCUCUCUGUCAGUCGCUCCCUGUUGCCCUCCGCUUCUUGCUUCCUCCUUUUCCCCCUUCCCCUUGCCUUCCCUCUCCUUCCUCGCCUCAUGAGGGCAGUGGAUAUCCGUGGUGCUCAUGUCUUCGUGCUGUGAGCCUCGUUGUAUCUGGUGCUUGAGGUCAGCUGUUUAGUCGGUUAAGAAAAGUUACAAAGUUAGUUUCGGUUUGAAGGAUGGUGGUGACGUGAGGUAAGGAAUCCUAGCGGCACCUCUCCGUCCCCUCCGUCCCGCCCCCGCCGCCGCCCCACAACACUGGCUGCAAACGCCCGUGUAAUUAUGAUCGCUUGACGUUUCCUUGUGGCCGGUGGGUCGGUCGACAAAGGCACGCGUUAUGGACCUGUUCGAGGACGUCUCCAGCGGCGGCGGAGACAUGAGGAACUUCUCGGCACAUUUCCUGGACCUGAACUCGUCGUACAUUCCGUUCCCGUAUGAGCCGAACGCGUCACUCUACCAAUUCGACUACGACUAUGCUGCUUCGGAGGGCCAGAACGCCUCCUUCAGCCACUUCGCGGUGCAUCCCUACGCCGGCGAUGGGGAAUACGCCAACGCCACCACCCGGCCUGACCCCGCCAUGACCUUCACCGUCAACGCCACGUCCUCCACCACCGCGUCCUCUUACCCCGAGUACGAGCGGUUCAUGGACGAGUCGCGGCACUGGGUCCAGAAGGUGUUUGUGCCGCUGGUGAUGUGCGUCGGGGUGGUGGGGAACAGUGUGUCGAUGGUGGUGCUGACGAGGCGCAAGAUGAGGUCCUCCACCAACAACUACCUGACGGCCCUCGCGAUCUCGGACCUGCUGUACCUCGUGUUCGUGUUCUCGCUCUCGCUGAAGCACCACCCCAACAUCAAGCACCCGAGACACUGGAUCUAUUGGCAGUACUUCCGAUACGCCCUCUGGCUUACCGACGCCUCAAGCAGCACCUCCAUCUGGCUCACCGUGACCUUCACCAUCGAGCGUUACAUUGCCAUCUCGCAUCCGAUCAAGGGCAAGGUGUUGUGUACGGUGUCUCGCGCCAAGAAGGUGGUGGCCGUGGUAUACUUUCUCUGCUUCGCCCUCACCGCCACCACGCCGCACGAGUGGGUAGUGGUGACGAAAUACCGGCCGGAGACCCAGGAGCCGUUCCUUAGCAUCGACUACAGCAGCCUGGGCCAGGAUUCCACAUACCGGCACACCUACUACUGGUUCACGGCCGUCACCUUCAUCCUGCUCCCGCUGUGUCUGCUCGCUGUGUUCAACUUCUUCCUCAUCCAGGCCGUCAGAAUGAGUAAGCUGACCCGGCGCAAGAUGACCCUGGUGUCGGAGCGGGACCACUACAGCCACCAGCAGGAGCACAAGAUCACCGUCAUGCUCAUCGCGGUGGUCAUCCUCGCUCUCGUGUGCCAGAUGCCCACGGCCGUUCUCCUCCUGUACAGCACGGUGUACGAGCCGCCGCCGAAGACCAAAGAGUUCGCCGUCAUGCGCGGACUCGGGAACAUUUUCAACCUCCUCAACGCCAUCAACGCCGCGGCCAACUUCAUCCUGUACUGCUCCUUCUCGGACAAGUACCGGCGGACCUUCCUGGUGACCUUCGUGCCGUGUAUGUACCACCAGCAGCCACUCGCCCACUCCUUCGUCGCCUCCGUCAACGACACCAACCUGGGCGGGAGGGGCGGACGAAGCUCAGACUCCUUCUCCGUGCGUUCCGUGUCCCGCCGCGUGUCCAAGGCCUCCUCCACGCCCUCCCCCAUGCCCCCCCGCGACGGCCCGACCCGCGCCGCCUCUGGGUCCUUCAGGGAAAACGGUGUCGGCGCCCUGGAUGCUCGUGUGACCCUUCAGUAUGGCUUCGGGCGCCCCUCCCAUCUGCUGAGCCCCCAGGAUGCCCACACCCACGCCCACCUCAACAGCACCCACACGCCCACCCAUGACAACGCCCACACCUCCCCCCUCGCCCACAAUAAACACAGCACCCGCGGCGGACGGUCAGGGGGGAGGUGGAGCCCGGACGGAGCGUCAACACCCACCGCCAACCACUAUCAGGGACCUAUCGGGGUGACGAGGGUUGACCUUGAGAUGCGGCCGCGAGCACCAAACAGCACUGGUAACAACAGGCCGCUGGAGGGCAUGGCGGAGGAGGAGGGCGUGACGGGGGUGCCUGCUGACUUCGCCUCCCUCAACAGCGGCGAGAACAGUCCCUUGGAGCUGCGGUUCAUCGACGAGGAGAGCUGUGACACGUGCCGCUCCUCCCCGACCUCUAACACACGGCUGGAGGAGGACGGGGAGGCAGGCGAGGGAGGGCUGGCCACGCGCGAUACACUCUCCACCCUGGCGCCCCUCACGCCGGACGCCACGCAGGACUCCACCAUCCAUUCCCCGGACUAGGAAGGCGUCCCACUAGGGGGCUCCUUGGGUACAGCGCCGCGCCAUCCUGCUCGUGGCGCUACCAUAUCCUUCGUGUCCCGAGAUGAUCCUCUGUUCGUCAUUAGUUAGCGGAAAGACAAUCACACACCUCCUGAACCAGCCUGCACACACACACACACACACACAGAGCAUUACCACCAUGUCCAUAUUUACUUCCAUCAUGAUGUGCAAACUCGACGUAUUAUCGACAGCCAAGAGUAAAUAAUAUUGUAAUUUAUACUCCACGGACGCUUCUUAUGUAAUUUAGUCUUCUCGCCACUCAUGCUCAUUGGGUAAACAAACUUGAAUUUCCUUUUCAUUUACGGAAACUCUCCCUCUUCAAUACUUUGCAGCAUGAGUGAGUUUCCCUCUUGAAUAUCCCAUUUUCUUUCACCAGUGUAGAAAACGAGUCAAUUAUAUAUUUUUGUUUAUCAUGAAUAAUAUUGUCCUACAUAAAGUAACUCAUAUACACCGUGACCUCUUUAGAAUUUAAGGAGACGGUUAAUUUUUAGAAAAGUGUGUAGGCUUCAGGUAAGGUCAUAUAAUUCUUCUUGGGGUGGGAAGCUGCGCAGAGCCUCUCAGCUGACUGCGCAGUGAUGGCCGAAAAUGGUUAAGCGGAGUGUCGUAUAUGGCUAAAAUGUGUCCUUAGUCGCCGUCUAGAGGUUCGUUGUAGUUAAGAACACCCGAUAAUCUAAACGAAGAGGGUAUCACGGGGAACCUUAUGAUGCUAGAGUGAGUGUGGCGUGAGGAAUAGACGUGCAGCGAGUGUUACCGAGAGGCAGGCGGGCGGGGCAGGGACGUCAACGGAGCCAGCACACACUAACACCACCUCAUUCCCUAAGUGGUCAGAGUGUGCCGCGGCGUCCAGGAAGUCGCCGGUUUGUGUCCCGGCCGCCGCAACAAACAAGCUGGGAGUUUUUCAGACAUCGCCGAGUGGCUUAAGACAACCCACAUGCUGUCCUGAAGACCACCUAUCAGCCCAGACUCUGGAUUCUCUCUAAAAUGGAGGAUCAGAGAUGAGCCUCGGGGGACAGCAUG